AGGCCCGGCGGAGGCGCGGCCGCGGGGGCCUCGCGCGCGCGGCGGCGAGCCGCGAUCAGGUCGGUCGCCCUGUCGGCCGCGGGCCUCGGGUGACCCAGUCUGCCGAGCUGCGCCAGGGCGAGGGCCGCAGCGGCGAUGGCCGCGGGCAUGGCAGGUGGGAGUGGAGGCCGCCGUCAGAGAGGCGGCGUGGCGGCACCAACCGCCCCAGGGACAUGGGCCUGCUGUACGAGGUGCUGCGGGACGACGGCAUCCUGACCGGCCCCAAGGAGACUGGGCCGAAAGGAUCACCCUUCAGGGCGGCGGCCCAGGCGGCGGCAGGUGGCGCGGCGCGCUGAAGGCCUUCUGCGAGAUGCAGCUGGCGGGUGUGGGCCCUGCGAGAGUCACCCACGCAGCGCUGCUGACCUGCCUUGCGCAGGACUCGCAGUGGCAGAGUGCAAUGGAAGUGUUGGACGAAGCGGACCAGCUGAAUUUGGGGCUGACCUCCAAGAUGUUCGCUUCCGCUCUGCGGGCGUGUAGGUACCGUAGGCAAUGGGAGUUCGCCUUGCAGCUGUUCGAGAACAUGAAACGGAGGGGGCAGAGCCCUGCCUUGGAGCACUACAACGAGGUGAUCAUGGCGUGCGCAAGGGGCGGCCAUCUCAUGCAAGUGCUAGCUGUUAUGGAGGAGAUGCGCUACGUUGGUGCCGAGAUGGACACGCAAACUUACAACAGCGCCAUCAGCGCCUGCCGUGACGCGGGUGACACGGUUAGGGCAGCAGGAUUCUACGCCCGCAUGAAGGAAGAAGGGGUUCCGGUGAACGAGGUAACAUACAACACGCUUAUCGUCGUCUACGGCAAGAGUGGGAAGUUGGAGCAGGCCCUGGACCUCCUCGUGCAGAUGCAGGAGGACGGUUUCAUCCCAACUGUGUGGACCUAUAACACCGCCAUGUGCGCGUGUGGCAAGAACGGCCAGUGGCAGCAGGCGUUCUGUCUCCUGGAAGAUAUGCAAGCGAAGGACAUGAAGCCGAACGUAGUGACAUAUAACACCCUGAUGACAGUAUGCAAAGAACAAGAGCUCUGGGUGCAGGCGAUGCGGCUUCUGCCAGAGAUGCGGAGACGCGGCGUGGAUCCGGACACGACCACCUUUGGCAUCUUGGCCUACACCUCCGGACAAUGUGGCGAGUGGAGGUGGGCGAUCUCGCUGUUAAACCAGAUGUUUCAGGAGAAUCUCGAGCCAAGGGAAAUCACCUACAACGUCACCAUGUUCGCCUGCGCUAGGGGCAAACAGUGGGCAAGAGUGCUCGGCCUGAUGGAAGAUAUGCAGUCGAAGAACUUGCCCCCUUCGGUCGUCACGUACGGCACCGUCAUCAACGCCCUCGCCAUUGGCCAGGAGUGGAGGCGGGCCCUGGACGUCUUUGGGGACAUGCGCGCCAGUGCGGUCCCGCCGAACCCGGCCGCCUUCGGGGCCGCGAUCAACGCCUGCGAGACGUGCGGCCAGUGGGAGCACGUGCUCUCCAUCAUGCGCGAGAUGCGGGCGCAGGCGGUGGAACCCGACGAGAGAACGAUGCAGCGGAGCAUCCGGGCCCUGGAGGGGGACAGCCAGUGGGACCUGGCGCUGGAGCUGGAGGCCGGCUGGCUCGACAAGCAGAGGGGGCAGGCGACAGAGGACGCCGGCGGCGUGGCCGAGUUGGAGGACGCCCUCGGCCUGGGCGGGAGCGGCGGCGCGGAGCAGGACCUCGAUCGGAGCCGGUGGUCGGUCGGCGACGUGGUGCGCACCGCGGAGGAGGAGGACGAGAUCACGGACGCCCUCAUCUUCGACAACCUCCAUUGAGGCGUUCGCAGCAUGCAUCUGGCACGCUCUGAACACUCGCGGCUGGGGUAUGUUCCUCCAAAUUUUCAGGCGCAAGUGCCUUCGCGACGGGUUUCGUUUGUACACAGCUGUGGACGUGUUCGUUCCCCUAGGCCCUAGAGUGCCUAAACGUUUGAAGGCAUGUGCAAGAUGGUUGAAUGUGACUUGUUAAUCUCACAUGCACAUUCCCGUUCAAUAGGCCUGCCCGUUUUUUCAACGUGUUGCCAUUUUGCUUUGUCGAUUGUGGCGCAUCUGAAAUACAACUGAUUUAGUUGCGGUCGCACGGAUCCAUUGCAGAGUGGCCAUCUGGAAAAGUCUUUGCUCAGAUAUUAAUUUUUCGGUCGAGCCAGACUCAGCUGUGUGUUCAUACAGGGUCGCGGUUCAGAUGGCAGCGGGUAGCAUGGACGAAUUAUUUAAGAAUUGGAUGCGUGCUUCCAGACCAGACAUGCACCAUCUGUCCGCAUACUUCCUGUGGAGACAUUUGUUGGCUCCACCAGCUGGGCUUGCUUCGUGCGGGAGGCAGCGGUUCCUGGUUCCUCAGAGGGCGGCUGCAUGCGCGAAUUAAGAGCUGUAUGCAGCGCGAGGAUCAGUGCAUCCGUGUGUUGCGUAUGUCGCAGCGAGGGAUCAGCCUCGCAAGUUUUCCUCAACGUGAGUUUCCCGCAACGAAUGCACGCUGUGCGUUAGUAGGGAUACCAUUCACUUCUUCAGCAGCGUCGCAUCACCGCCCCUACUCCUCCUCUUCAAGCGGUGUGAUAUCCA